GGACCUAAUUUCGAAUAUAAGGAAUUUUACAAACAUGAACUCGGCGAUAAUUCCAGCAAGAUGUUGUGCUUUUGAGAACAAUGUCAACGCGGAUUUGGAGCCACAGCGCAGUCCGACUUGCAUUACUGGCAAUGGCAAUCCUGGCGAGCGUUGGGCAAGCGACCGACCGAUCCGAAGGAAGAUCAGUACGCAGGUACUCAUAUGCGGAUACCUCGUGGCCCAGGCGGCAGUUAGACAGCGAGCGAAGGGAUGAGAUGAGACUUAGGGACAUGGCGCCUUCGGAGCAGCGGUACUUCACCGAUCCGGAACUGCUCUUCCAGCGGCUGGACGACAUGGAGCAGAAACUGGGGAUUCCUGAAGAAAUGGCUGGUGGCAAGGUGAAACCGGAACACUAUCUUGUUGGUCCCAAGAAUGUUGCCGCCCAGCUGCUCAAAGAGAACUUGUACAAAUUUCCGAUAGAUGAGGGCGCCAGUGGACGGGGAAUGCACGAUGCUUGUCUGGGUAAGGAGGACGGGGAUGAUCCCUUCGAGUCCCUGGCCAUGAUGAACUUCAAUGAGCAUAUGAAGGAGCGUAAGUCCGAUCGUGAGCUUGAGAGGGUGCUGGGUGGCUACAUAAACAACCAGCAGCUGGAUGGAAAACCAGCUGUGGCAACAGCCAAUCUGCUGGCGAAGGUCAUUAGCUCCAAGGUCGAUCAGCCCAGGAAGUCUGGGACUUGUCGUGGCACCACGACUCGAUCCCACGUGCCCACCACAAGGAGCACGACGACUCAUCGGACGACCCUUAGUACCACAACGCGCAGUCCCACCACUUUCUGCCUCCCGGAACCCUCAUCCGAUCCUCCGCUCAAGCCGCAACCCACACCUUCACCAACACCUCGUCCUUCGCCUCUCGCACCUUCGCGCCCACCAACGACGCGAAAACCAUCUGCUCAAAGGAUUAAGCCCAGUAAGUGCCUCAUAUCGACGAAAUCUCAGAAGCCAGGAAGUGCCAAGGUGCUGCUGGAAAUCAUUUUGGCCACCAAGCAGCAUGCCCUGUCGGUGCUUAAGAAUCUCAACUACCUGGAAAUGGAACUGCUGAGUCGCUCAACGGACGACGUUGUAUCGGAAAACCAAGUUAAGGAGAAAGAACCACAGACAAAGACGAGUGAACGUAUCGACAAGCCCGAGCCAAGGCCACCAUCUAGGGUCUUUUCCUUUGGAAUUCGACCUGCCAGCCAGAAAGAGACCUUGUACGACUUGGCAAUGGCCAAGGAGGAGGAAAUGAAGCUGCAGGAUCGGGUGUGGGAGGAGCACCAGCAGCAGAUGAGGCUAAGGAGGCCAAUGAAGCCAAAGAGGUAUGAGGUUGCUCCGGCGGCUGCUGCACGCCUCGAACCUUUUCAGGAGCCUCGAAAGCCACUGAAGUUCCUAAAUUCCAUGCAGCCUUUUACUCCUUUGGAACCAGAAACUUCCGUCGAUAACAGACGCAUCAAUCUGGAAGCCUUGAGCGUGGUAGUCAAACCAAUGUCCUCCUUUCCCAGAAAGGAUUCUGUUAGCGCGUCGACACGGGCACAAAUUAAUGCCGUUCAAUUGGAGGGCACAAGCGAUGAUGAACUGCAUCCAAUGCAUGCAUUUGAAUUGAGGCCAAGGAAGAAGAAAAAACACAAGUUUUACUCUAUGGAAAAGCAGACACAGGCUAAAAAGCUACCCAUUGCAGACGUUAUUUAUUAAGUCAUUUGUAUAAAUACUAACAGAGUUUUAUUGACAACAUUCAACAUUUA